AUGUCUGUGAACGGUACAAACGGUGCUGGUACUAGCAAGGCUCCCGUCGGGCAGCCGGAGCGACACCCUCAGCACGAACGAGGUCUGGUCAAGGUUCAGCCAGCUCGACUGGAUGAUUUGCAGCCCCGAUACGCUUCUACGAUUCAGCAUGAUCAAGACAAUCCUGAGGCGCACGGCUGUUCACAGCCUGGGAGAAUGCAUCGGUUUCUGUGGUGCCAUCCCUGCUGCAUCUGCUGUCCAAAUCCAUUCAAGCCGGUGGACCAGGGUCAUGUUGGUCUUGUCUCGCGUUAUGGACGCUUCGAACGUUCCGUGGAUCCCGGUCUGGUCAAAGUGAACCCGCUCAGCGAGCACCUGUACACUGUCGACGUUAAGAUUCAGAUUGCCGAAGUCCCUCGCCAGGUCUGCAUGACCAAGGACAAUGUCACUCUGAACCUGACUUCCGUCAUUUACUACCAAGUCACCUCACCACACAAGGCCGCCUUCGGUAUCUCCAACAUGAAGCAGGCGCUCGUUGAGCGUACCCAGACCACUCUGCGCCAUGUGAUUGGUGCUCGCGUUCUGCAGGACGUGAUUGAGCGUCGCGAGGAGAUCGCGCAGUCUACAUCAGAAAUUAUCGAGGAGGUCGCCGUUGGCUGGGGUGUCCAGGUCGAGUCGAUGCUCAUCAAGGAUAUCGUUUUCAGCAACGAACUGCAGGAAUCGCUCUCCAUGGCUGCCCAAUCGAAGCGUAUCGGUGAGAGCAAGGUCAUCGCUGCUCGCGCCGAGGUUGAGUCUGCCAAGUUGAUGCGCCAGGCUGCCGAUAUCCUGUCCUCUGCACCUGCUAUGCAAAUCCGCUACCUCGAGGCUAUGCAAGCUAUGGCUAAAACAUCCGGAUCUAAGGUGAUCUUCAUGCCCUCCGCCCCCAAUGUAUCGCAGCAGCUCGCUGCCGCCGAGAAUGCUGGUGAGGGCCUGAGCAACUACGGCAUCCCGAGUCCCAAUGUCGAUGCCGGAUUCCAAAGUGCGAUCAACGCCCGCGUCGUCGAGGAUAUCUAG